AUGCUCGGCGGUGCAGAAGCCCUCAACGCCUCCCGAGGCUUUGAGCUUCAGCACCAGCGGGUCAUCCUGGACUUUGACUUUGAGUCCAAAUCAGUCAAUGCCUCGUGCUACCUCACAAUCCAGCCAAUCUCCGCUUCCCUACGCGUUAUCUACCUCAAUGCUUCUCCCGAACUGGACAUACAUCGCGUUUCUCUCUCCUCUCCGACAGCCGUCCAACCCUACCACGACACGCCAGCCUCGUAUUCCCUCUCCGACCCGGCGUCGUUCUUGGCCGGGGAGACCAGAGACCACCCCGCCCAGAAACGCAAGACAUGGUCGGCUAUCGAAGAAGCAGACGCUGGCGAGCUGGCCAUAUCGGUCUCGGGUGGUUGGAUCAGGGUGAUCGAAGGCGAGGGGCGGCUGGCCCCGCUGGAGAUCCGGGUGGACUACAGGAUUGUGUCGUUGACGUUUGAAGAUGGGCAGGUGUAUGCGGGGCAGGGGCGGACAUGGGCGCCGUGCGUGGAUAGUCUCUGGGCGAGGUGUACCUGGGAGUUGAUCUACAUCCUCCCCAUGGGGCUGACGGUUGUUUCGACGGGAGAGCUCUUGGAACAGGUUGUGCACCCGUCGACAUCCACCAAGACCAUCUUUUCCCACCUCCAAACCAUUCCCACUACCAUCCGCCAUGUCGGUUUCCUCGCAACGACGGCGACGCCCCGCCCGGUCGACGACCGGAUCAUUGCCUUUGGCGCUUGUACCGAUCUCAGCUUUGUAUCACGAGCCCUGCUCUUUUACACUACCGAAUUCGGGACGUACCCAUACCAAGACUUUAAAAUCGCUUUCGUCGACAAUCUCCCCGCGGUGGCCGUCUACGCCUGCACGGUAUUCCUGCCCAGCGAGGCGGCGUGCGACGCUUCAGUCAUUGAGGCGUCAAUAGAGCUCCGGGAGACGUUGACACUGGCGCUGGCGCAGCAGUGGAUCGGUAUCAACGUCAUUCCGCGCGACGUAUCGGACACCUGGAUCGUCAACGGUCUCGCGCUCUACAUUCGGUCGCUCUGCCUCCGGAGCAUCUUUGGCAACAAUGACUACCGGUAUCGGCUCAAGAAGGAUAUCGACCGAUGCGUCCGCCUUGACCAGGGAGCCAAGGCGCCCAUCUGUGUCCCCGGUUCCCUCACCCUAGACACGGACUUUGUCAACCUCAAAGCACCCCUCGUGCUGCAUACCCUCGAUCGUCACCUCGCCAAGACCGGUCCCGGGCUGUCGCGCAUCAUCCCGCGGAUCUUCCUCUCUGCCCUUUCGGACGAUCUCGGCCACGGCAACUCGCUCUCGACGCAGCAAUUCCUUCGCAUCAGCCGGAAGGUCACUGGGCUGGACCUGACCCCGUUUGCGGAUCAGUGGGUCUUUGGCAGCCGGUGCCCCCAUUUCAAGAUCCACGCCAAUUUUAUCCGGAAAAAGUUCCUCGUAGAGAUGACGGUGGUCCAGGCAAAGGCGGUCUUUGAUGGGAGCCUAACGAUCCGCAUCCACGAGGCGGACGGGGCGCCGUUCGAACACAUCGUCGACAUCAAACAUGCGUCAAAAACCUUCAAUCUACCAUUCAAUACCAAAUACAAGCGGACACGUCGGUCGGGCAAGGUCGCUGCUCGGUUCGAGCACCUGCAGGACGAGCUAGAGGACAUACCUGUGGCAGAGGUGUUUGCGUAUCCUCCGUGGGAGAACGAAGAGGUUCGGGAGGCGUGGCGGGUGGCGGACUGGUCGGCGGAUCAGGCGGAUACCAUGAUUGGCGAGGGGGGCGGGUACGAGUGGAUCCGGAUUGAUCCAGAGUGCGAGUGGCUGGCGUGGUUUGAGUUCCCGGAGCGGCCAUGGUACUGGGUCUCGCAGCUGCAGGGGGAUCGCGAUGUGGCGGCGCAAGUGCAAGCCGUGCAAGCAUUGUCGAAUCAUCUCACGCCGGUGGUGGCGAGCGAGCUGGCCAAGGUGGCGCUAGUGCGGAAUUACUAUUAUCGGGUGCGGAUGGAAGCGGUCCGGGCAUUGGUCAUGUUUGACGACAUGGGGUCGUUCCUCCUGCUCAAGCUAUACGAGCACUUUCGACAAGCGCAGAACGACUUUACGGACAUGUCGGAGUACUUUGUCGCCAAUGCGGUAUUCUCCGCGCUGGGGAAUUGUCGUUCGUCUGUAGCCAAGGUGGUGUUGAUCGAGGCGCUACAGACCAACGACAAUUCCCGGAACGCUUUCGACGACUCGUAUCGCCUCGCCACGAUCGUCGCGUCGCUCGGUAAUUGCCUGGGGGAUCAUCUACGUCGCGAAACCAACGACAUAGUCGAUCGGCUCUUGACGAUGGACCGCCUGGUGCCGAGUUAUCGCAACGUUGUGACGCAGGCGGGACUUUUGGCGAUUCUCGGCGGUCAGCGGUUGAACGAUCCAAGGCCGUUCUUAUCGUACACUCGGGAAGGGUCGAUUUUGGCGGUACGAGAGGUCGCCCUCGACUGCCUGUUGAUGUGCCGCCCGCCGGGUCGCAGCCGACACAUUACAGACUAUGUUCUGCAGGUGGUUCAGCAGGAUGCGUUCCCGAGUAUGCGCCAACACGCCGCUUAUGCCUUGUCGGAAGCUAUCCUCGUUUCGCUUUCGCUGGGCGAGAUUACCGAGUCGGGCGAGACGGACGACGCGGUGAUUGUCAAGUCGGUGCGGAGGGAAAUGUCGAGACGGCCGGGGCUGAGAGAGGGGAUUGACGCGAUUCGCCUGGCCCUCAUCAAGGUCGGCGAGAUUGUUUCCAAGGGGAACGCAGAGGCCGUGGAUACGCCCAAGAUCCGCCUCAGCGUCACCGCUCCGGAGAAUCCCGUGCCCAAGAUUACGGUCAAGAAGCCCCAAAUGGCGGUGGAUCAGCUCGCCAUUAGCAAUGCGUUGAAGAAAUUGAAAUCUCAAAAGAGCGCUUUUUACUUUUUGCAUCCAGUGGAUCCUAUACGAGACGGAGUGCCAGACUACCCUACGAUUGUCAAGUCGCCUAUGGAUCUAUCCACGAUCAGCGCCAAGCUCGCCGGAGGGGUCUACCGAUCUCGACACGAGUUCGCUCAAGAUAUAAGAUUGAUCAUUGCGAAUUGCUCGCUGUAUAACAGGGCAGACUCGCCCAUCUACACCGCCGUCAAGGAGUUUGAGGCGUACUUUGAAGAUCUAUGGGCAAGGACCGAAACGACGGUAUCGGUUGUGCCUCGAGAAGCUGAGCCGGCCAAGCCACAGGCAAGAGUCAUCAAACUCAAAGCGAUGGCGCCGCCUCCUGUCCCGGUCAAGAAGAGGACAGAGCUGGACGAUCUACUUGGAGCGGAGGUCGACGCUAUCGAGAAGAAGCGGCCAAAGAUCAGCCUCAAGCCGGCGCCGGCAGAGUUACCGUUCAGACCUCGCCGAGCCAAGGCGCUGCUGGCGACCUUGAAAGCAGAUCCCAACGCCUAUCUCUUUCUCAAACCUGUCGAUCCCGUGGGAGAUGGCUGUCCAACGUAUCUGGACGAGAUCAAGGAGCCGAUGGAUUUCGGGACUGUGGGCCAGAAAAUUGACUCGAAACGGUACAAGAACAUGGCGCAGUUCGCACGCGACAUUGAACUGGUAUUCGACAAUUGCCGAACGUUCAACAAGGCCGGGCCAUACUACGACAUGGCCGACAGUCUGGAGGCGGUCUAUCGAAGGGACUGGCCCAAGGUCAUCUCGCCCAAGCUCACUGUCGAGGAAAAGAAGGCGAUGCUAGCUAUUAUCGCCCGGGCAUUCAAGGAGAAGAGCAGCAUCCUCUUCCGGGAGCCUGUCGACCCUGUCAAGCUCAACAUACCAAGCUACUUUGACAUUAUUCCAAGAGAGGACGCCAGAGACUUGACUCUAAUCCGGGGCCACAUCAACGACAAUACAUACACUACCGCUCGGCAGGUGGAUGAGGCAGUUCAGCUUAUGCUCGAGAAUGCUCGCGUGUUUAAUGGGGAAGGGUACGUCGUGGAACAGGCGAAUGAGUUUGGGGCGUGGUGGAAAGUGCAGAGGCAGAAGAUGGAGACUUAG